GUAACAAAAUCACGCAACGUUUACUUUGCACAUCUCUACUGGCCGUGUAAUUGUGAUAACAUUGUGAAAUAUAUAAGUACUCGAAAAAAGGCUCAGUAAAGACAGGAAAUUAUUUCAAAUUAACAGAAUGCAGAAAAUCUUUGGCCGAUUGCAGUCACGCGUGCUGCGUUCGAGCACCAAUGGCGCGGCUUUCAUAAUACGCCAGGAAUCUUCCUCGGCUACGCCGGCCCCUAAAUUCGCCGCCACAUCAAAAGAAUUUCGUGCGCGGCAGGUACGCUUUAACAUUAAAAACGAUCACAUGCAAGGGCGACCUCUGUAUCUUGAUGCGCAGGCCACAACACCCAUGGAUCCGCGCGUGCUGGAUGCCAUGAUGCCCUUCUUAACCAACUUAUUUGGAAAUCCACAUUCACGCACCCACGCUUACGGCUGGGAAACAGAGCAAGCCGUAGAAAAGGGACGUGAGCAAAUAGCACAGUUGAUUGGAGCCGAUCCAAAAGAGAUUAUCUUCACUUCCGGCGCCACAGAGUCAAACAACAUAGCCGUGAAGGGUGUAGCACGAUUCUAUGGUACGAAGAAGAAGCAUGUGAUUACAACGCAAACGGAACACAAGUGUGUGCUUGACUCAUGCCGUGCCCUAGAGAACGAGGGCUAUAAAGUGACAUAUUUGCCAGUGCAGGAGAAUGGAAUUGUUGAUCUGAAGCAGCUGGAGGCGACUAUAACGCCCGAGACUUCCCUGGUGUCCAUCAUGACAGUUAAUAAUGAGAUUGGUGUGAAGCAGCCAGUUAAAGAGAUUGGUGAGCUUUGCCGUGCACGCAAGGUAUUUUUUCACACGGAUGCUGCUCAGGCGGUGGGCAAAAUACCGGUCGACGUCAACGCCAUGAACAUUGAUUUGAUGUCUAUAUCGGGCCACAAGAUCUACGGACCCAAAGGCGUAGGCGCAUUGUAUGUGCGUCGACGGCCACGUGUUCGGCUCGAGCCUAUCCAGAGUGGUGGCGGUCAAGAGCGUGGCUUGCGUAGCGGCACGGUCCCCGCUCCCUUGGCUGUUGGCAUUGGAGCUGCGGCAGAGCUUGCCCGUCAAGAGAUGGAUUACGAUAAGAAAUGGGUGGACUUCCUAUCUAACCGUUUGCUGAAGAGAAUAACGAGUGCCUUACCACAUGUCAUACGAAACGGCGAUCCAGAGCAGACCUACAGCGGCUGCUUGAAUUUAUCCUUUGCCUAUGUAGAAGGCGAAUCGCUGCUGAUGGCACUGAAGGAUGUGGCGCUCAGCAGCGGCUCAGCUUGCACGUCGGCAUCGCUGGAACCAUCCUAUGUGCUGCGCGCUAUUGGCACCGAUGAGGACUUGGCACACAGCUCCAUACGCUUCGGCAUUGGACGUUUUACAACAGUUGAAGAAGUGGAUUACACGGCAGACAAGUGCAUCAAGCAUGUGGAACGCCUGCGUGAGAUGUCGCCGCUUUGGGAAAUGGUGCAGGAGGGUAUUGACAUUAAGACCAUACAGUGGUCGCAGCACUAGAAGUGCUCGUUCGCUCUUGCUGUGUGUUUAUUUAAGCUUUCUAGAAGUGCAUCAAUAAUAAAUAAGUAUUGCGUAGUGCAUUGAAAAACGUUA